AUGUACAUCCGCCCCGUCCACGCCGAGCUCGACGUCGCCAAGCUGCACGACUUUGUGCGCACCUGGCCGCUGGGGCAGUUCACGACUGCGAUCCCGCACCCGACCAUCGACACGCUGCAAACUACCCACAUCCCGUGGGUGCUCUACGCCGACGAGGGCGAGUUCGGCGUGCUGCGGGGGCACAUGGCGCGCGCGAACCCGCAGGCCAAGGCGAUCGUCGCGCAGGCCGCCGGCUCACCGGUGCACGAGCUGGCCGACGACGCGCUCGUGCUCUUCACGUCGCCGCACAACGCGUACGUCACGCCCCGCUACAUGACGGCGACGAAGCAGGAGAACGGCAAGGUCACCCCGACAUGGGUGUUUGGCGCGGCGCAAGUCUACGGCCGCGUCAGGGCGUACACGAGCGGCACCGAGGCGGACGCGUUCCUGUCGCAGCAGGUCGACGCGCUCACGCGGCAGCAAGAAGCAACAGUCCCGGGCAAGCCGUGGACGGUGGACGAGGCGCCAGAGAGCUACAACGCGCGCCUGCGCAAGGCCAUCAUCGGGCUCGAGAUCACCAUCACCAAGAUCGAGGGCCGGUUCAAGUUCUCCCAGGACGAGGCCGACGGCGACUGGGAGGGUAUCCGCCAGGGCUUCAAGGCCGAGGGGAGCGUGCUGGGCGCCGAGGUCGUCAAGGCCAUGGAGGAGCGGGGCGGCGACAGGCCGAGCCUGGUUGCUGAGCGCGCGGCGGGCGCGAGUGCGAGCUCAUGA